AUGGUUGAAUCAAGGAUUCGUCACCUCAUAUCAAAAUUGGAAAAUGUGGAAAAUCUAAGCUUGGCACAUCCUUUUGUGAAGGGUUUUGACAGAGUUCAGCAUUGUGCAACAGAGAAAGAGGCAGAAGAUGUACAACAUGGAAUAUUUGAUUACAAUAAGUCACAAAAUGAUAAGAGUGGCAGCGAGUCAUCACAAAAUUUUGCUGAAACUAAUAUUUUUCGAACUGUCUAUGUUACGACAUUCUAUAUUGGAUUGUCAAUAGACCCACGAGAAGAAUUCAUAAAGUUGGUAAAAAGUUGGGAUAAAUUUGACGAAAAAUCCAUGGGAAUUGCAAUAAGAUAUGUGAAAAGGGGUGAUCUACCGCAAGAAGUCUUUGAAGGUGAACAACGUCAAACGAAACUCAAACGAUCAAAACCAAGCAGUAAGACAGAACAAAAUAAUAAUAAGACGCUAGAACAGCCUAGUAAGAAACAUAAAAAAACCGAUAAUACCGAUAGUACCUCGGAACAAUUAACGGCUAACCGAUCAGACACAAAUGUUUCCAAAUUGGAAUCAAACAAAGGUAGCAAACUCUGUCCCCCUGCACCACACGACACGUCUUCACCACUUUUACACACGAGACCAGAUAUUGGCGUCCAAACAACCGGUAAAUAG